AUGACCAGGCUUGCACGAAACUAUUCCGGAGAAACAGGCUGUGGUAGUCCAAACGCCCAUCAAAGCUUUGGUAUAAGGAACUCUGAGAUGCAUUACUCCAAUGGCUUUGUGCCCACUGGGCCCAGGUCUCACCAGGGCAAUGGGCGUUCAAACUACAAUGGCAAUCCCAAUCGGAAUGCCAACAACAACUAUGGAAAAGGGAAUGGAAAGCAAUGGAGGAACAACCGAAAUGGCAAUGGCAAUGGCAACCAGUGGAACAAUCACAACGGCAAUGUCACUGGCAGUGCCAAUAACACUGUCAAUGGCAAUGUCAAUGGCCACUGGAACAACGCCCGCAACAACAAUACUGGCAAUCGCAAUGGCAACCAGUUCAAUAACACUCACACUGGAAAUGCCAAUGGCACUGGCGUGGGAAAAUACAAAGGCAAGAACUUCAACCCCAAUUACAAGGGGAAGAACUUCAAACCCAACUACUCUCGUGCCAACCCACGCCAUUUGUCUGCCACCCGAUCAAUGCCUGUGCCUGUGCCAAAUCCCAACAUCGACGUCGAGAUGGCGGACGCGCCAUCCGACGAACCAAGGGACAUCGAGAUGCCAGACGCACCACCGCUUCUAGAUCCAAGGAUCGAAGCCUUCACUAUGGGUGCGUUUGCAAUCAAGCAAAUGGCUGAGAGCAUGCUGGACAUGGCAAAAGAGUUGGACCCCAACUAUGGCUACAUUCCAACCUGA